UAUAGGCAACGCCAAUGUCGGUGGUGCAAUGUGAGCGAACACAGUACAGACACGCUGCCAAACAUUAUAUUUUACACACAAAGCAAGUAUACAAAGUAUUUUCUUUCUCACGACUCCUUCCUGGAAGAGAAACGUUGGCAUCGCUCGCAUAGUCUCUUCGCAGAAGAGACUUCGAUCUGUGCGUGAAAGGGAAUCGUUGCAGUUGCAAGUGGAGAACAUUGAUUCGCUCGAGCCUGUAAUCGCUGACGCGUAAUGGCAAACGUAGCGCCGAGCACGUGACUCGUCUGGUGUAGGCUGGCGCUUAGUUUAAACGAAGUAGAGAAGCUUGAAAAUACAUGGAACCGGAGGGGAGAGAAAGAAAGAGAGUUAUUUCUGCGUGAACGUCGAAGAAGGAACAAAAGUCGCAUCGAUCGUCUUUCUAACAUCAUACAGCCAGUGCUUUGUGCUUAUCAAUUCAUUAUCACUAAAAUCGAACUUUUGAAGAGGAAUUUGAAGAUAAUCACACAUCUCUGUAUAUCGCCACGAUCGAUAAGAGAUAACGUGAAGUAAAUAGAUCGCGACUAGGGACUAGGGCAACGAAUACAUGCGCAGGAUUUAGUACGAUUUGAUAAAGUGAAUUAGCUACCCAUCCUCGAUAAGGUGAACCGAGUGAUAAAGCGAGGUCGUGCGAUCGUCGAGAGACGGAGAGAACCACUGGCGAGAUGUUGACUGUCGUUCGUAGAGCAACGCUCAGUCGUUUAUUGGGACUUUUGACGAGUAGUUCGCCAUCGCGCGCGCGCACUGUCACCGCCGGCACCAGAAUGACGUCCACCGGAUGCCAGGACCGCGACCAGAAGGUCGUCCCUAAGGACGAGAUCAUCAGGUUCAUCGAGGAAUGUAUGCGCAAAGCCGGCACCACGCUGGAAGACGCGCGCGUCGUUGGUCAUCAUCUGAUGACAGCGGACUACAGAGGUCACUUUAGCCACGGGAUGAACCGGAUGCAAAUGUACGUGCAGGAUAUCGAGAACAGGAUCACUGAUCCCGCCGCCCGGCCGCAAAUCAUUACCGAUUUUCAGGCGAUAGCCCUCGUAGACGGGAAGAACGGGCUAGGUCAAGUGGUCGGCAAAUAUUGUAUGGAGCUCGCCAUGGAGAAGGCCAAGAAAUUCGGCAUCGGCAUGGUGGCGGCGCGCGGCUCCAAUCACUACGGCAUAUGCGGUUACUACACAAUGAUGGCGAUGGAGCAAGACCUGAUCGGUUUCACCUGCACCAACACGAGCCCGUUGAUGGCGCCGACGCGCAGCACCAAGUCCGGCCUGGGGACGAAUCCCUUGUCCGUGGGCAUGGCCGCCUGCGAUGGCGACGGGUUCGUUCUCGACAUGGCAACCACCGCCGUCGCUCUGGGCAAGAUUGAGCUGGCCAUCCGGAAGGGCGAGAAUAUCCCCGAGGGCUGGGCGCUCGGAUCUGACGGAAAAGUGACUCGCGAUGCCGAGGAGGCUUUCAAAGCUUCUUUAUUGAUGCCUCUCGGUGGCGCGGAGCACACGUCCGGGUACAAGGGCUACGGUCUGGGCCUAAUGGUCGAGAUACUCUGCGGUAUCCUAACCGGAAGUCAUUUCGGACCGAAUAUACGCGCCUGGAAGACCGGCGAUAAGGUCGCUGAUCUCGGGCAAUGCUUCAUGGCCAUUAACCCGGAGGCCUUCGCGCCUGGAUCGAAAGACAGAUUGACGACUUUGCUCAAACAGCUGCGAAGUCUGCCCUCCUCCGGCGAGAAGCCGGUCCUGAUCGCCGGCGAUCCCGAAAGGCAGCACAUGAAGAAGGUCGACAUGGAUGGCGGAAUCACGUAUCAUCCGAACCAACUAGAGGCUUCGGAAGACGUCGCUAAACACAUGAGCGUUCGACCGAUGAAACUCGUUCCUAAAUCUACUUAAUUUUUUACUUAUCAACGAAGAGCUUCACAAAUUAUCUGAUAUUUUUUAUGUUUUAUCGUUUACCGAUUUUUUAAAAUCCUAUAAUAUGAAGUAUGAAAAAAAAUCGAAAAUUAAUUAAAUGCUGAUUUAUAUAUUCGUUGACCAAGCACUCAUUAUUGUGACAAUAAAUACAUCAAUUUUGAUACUGAUUUACAAACGUUA